GGGAGGAGAGCCUCUCCGCUUGCAAAUGAGGUUGUGAUAGCGAAGUGUGCGGGCAGACCGGUCCGUCUUCGACACCGACUCUUCCGUUUCUUUCUGUUCCUUUAAUUUUGCAAGAAUUUUUAUUGCGACUGUCCUGACUUACUUCUUGAAAACCAAUGGCAAUGGCGUGCAAUCUAUUACCCCCCGUCAAAACUGAAAAACAGAUUCUCGAAAACUCAAUGCCCGAAGACGACCCGAACAGCAACUCGGACGCAUAUCAACCGAGCAACGCAGUCGACGGCCAGCUGAAGCCAAGGUGGGGCCCACACCAUGCUGGCGCUCGAGAGCUGGCGGGACUUUACACCCGAGGGAAGCGCACCCAGGAGACGGUGUGCAUCGCCGUGUGCCUUACACUGAUGGGCUACAACCUGUUCCAGCUGAUGCUGUACUUCCAAGCGUCUCGCUGGAGCACCAUCAUCGCUGCCGCACUAUGCGGCGUUGUGACAGCAGAUUUCCUAAGUGGCCUUGUCCACUGGGCAGCAGACACUUGGGGAAGUGUGGAGCUGCCUGUCAUUGGGAAGGCAUUUAUACGUCCUUUCCGAGAGCAUCACAUCGAUCCAACAUCAAUCACGCGGCAUGACUUCAUCGAGACCAAUGGGGACAACUUCAUGGUGCCCAUUCCAGUGUUGGCCAGCAUGGCCUGGGGCUUUGCUUCCAAGCCUCCACAGGCAAUCCUGGCCACCUACCACUGGAACUGUUUCCUCUUCCUUCUGGCCCUUUUUGUGGCGUUCACCAAUCAGAUUCACAAGUGGUCACACACAUACUUUGGACUGCCACGGUGGGUGACGCUUCUUCAGGAGUGGCAUGUGGUGCUGCCGAGGCAACAUCAUCGAAUACACCAUGUGGCACCCCAUGAGACUUACUUUUGCAUCACUACCGGUUGGCUCAACUAUCCACUGGAGAAACUCCACUUUUGGCCAGCCCUGGAAGCAGUCAUCUCUGCCCUUACAGGUUGUAGGCCACGCUCGGAUGACCUCCAGUGGGCGCUCAAAAAGUGACCAUCCACGUUUCUUCUACUGACCUCUUCCAGGACUUUGUGUCCAUUGCCCUCAACAUCGCACUUGCUGCUUGCUUGACUCUGGACUCCCCUGGCUCCUGGGUGACUUCUGGACAGUUGUUUAUAGUGCAAGGUCUAGUCGGGACUUGGGGUGUCUUUUGACAAUGUUUUUAGCAGCUGCCAUGUGCAAAAAACCUUAUCCAAGUCAAAAAGCAUAGGCAUAGAAGAAAUUGUGGUAAACACUGGAUGCAAAGGUCACAUUGGCAGCCACUGCCGUUUUUGCCAAUUCUUCAAUGCCGUGCACGAUGUUGGCCUCUAACAUGCAACAUGUCGGCUUGAGGUUGCCCUACAACUUGCCAAGAUGAGGGACCUUUGUGAGUCUUUAUAAUGGACUGUGGACUGGCCCUUUUUGGGCAGACAGAUAGAAGUGGCACUUUGUCACAUUAAAGAAGAAAAGUGUAAAAUGCAAAGCAAAUAGGAGUAUUCUUUUGAGAAACAUUGCAUUUUGGGAGUUAAUGCAAUUCAGUGAGCUAAACCUCAACAAAAGCGAAGUAAUCUCCAUUUAAAUUUCUUAUACUUGUUGAGGUUCUUCUAGAGAAGUUCUGUUUAAACUGCUGCUGUUAUAUUGUUUUCUCUCCCCAUUUGAAGCAGUGCUUUUUCUCUCGCUCGCUGUAUUUACUAGUGCUACUGCACUUGAAUAUGCAUUGAUCUCACUAAAGCAAGAAUGGUCUUUGGCUAACGAUCUCUAUAUAACUGCUUUUAUGCCCAUGUCAGUGCAGGAUAAUAAACACUUUAGCCCUCUUUUUCUGUCCUUGCCAUUUUAUGCAUGUUUACAUGCCAUCAGCAACAGUGACUAGAUUUUGUGGGCAUAAAAGUAUACUGCUUAAAUACUUAUCAGCAGCUCUUCUUGAAUGACACCUUCACACUUGAAUCGGGUGUUAUUCAGCUUUGAAUAUUGUUGUUUACAUGUUGCACUCAUUAAAUUUAGUGAUCCUUUCGCUGCAGUCCUUCACUUCAACUAAACUCUGCUUCAGCAUAUCGCACUCAGUGGGCUUGAGCAAGUUGGAGCGGAAAAUUGCCUUAAGCUGGUGGUUGCAUGUAGAGACCUAUUAACAUCAGUGUACACUGCAUAAUGUAAGCCUUUCCAGAACUUGAGGUCCAAGCAAUCACUGUGAAAAGACA